UCGUUAAUACAUUUGAUAUGUUUCAUAAAAUACCCACAUUUUCGAUAAGUUCGGUACAAAACUUUUUCAAAUCCAUUAGAAGUUGCUGUGAGGUUUCCUUAGCACCAAUAAUUUGCUCCUGUUGAAAAUAACUGUUAUAUACUAUGUUCUUUGAGGAAUAAUGGGUAGAAUGCAUAAACGUGAACAUUUUGGGAGGCUUUGUGUAAACCAACAGAAAGUUAAUAUUAGGCCUGUUCUGGUACGCUGUCCGGACUCUUUGCACUCAAAUAGUAAAAUGUUCAAAAGUUUCCUGACACACCUUCAAAAAGCAGUAAAGACGAAAGCAAAUAUUGCUCAGUUUACAACGUCAAAUGUUCCAUCAUUAUACCAUAUCCCGAUUGUUAUUGAACAGUCAGGACGAGGAGAAAGAUCCUUCGACAUAUAUUCGAGACUUCUCAAAGAAAGGAUAAUUUGUUUAAUGGGACCUAUAAACGACGUCACCAGUUCUCUAGUCAUCGCUCAGUUACUCUUUCUUCAAGCGGAGUCCUCGACUAGGCCCAUUCAUAUGUACAUUAACUCUCCUGGAGGGGUCGUAACAUCUGGAUUAGGAAUUUAUGAUACAAUGCAGUAUCUCAUGCCUCCCAUUUCCACGUGGUGUGUUGGCCAGGCAUGCAGUAUGGCUUCUUUGUUACUAGCAGCAGGAACAAAAGGUAUGAGAAAUUCAUUGCCAAAUUCCCGAAUCAUGAUACAUCAACCGUCAGGAGGUGUUACUGGUCAAGCAACUGACAUCAAAAUUCAAGCAGAAGAAAUACUUGAACUCAAAAAACGAAUCAACCUGCUGUAUGUGAAACACACUGGACAGCCACUGGAAAAAAUUGAAUUCAGUUUGGAGAGGGACAACUUUAUGUCUCCACAGGAGGCUUUAUCUUUCGGUCUUAUUGACAAAGUUUUAAGUAAACCUGCCAAAGAACAGAAAAAAGAAGGGGAAAGUGAUGAAAAAGUUCUGCAAAAUGCGUGAUUGGUACGGAGGAAACGUAAGCUACCGCUCAGAUCGUUAGCAGGACCUCUGCCUGGUAUCACUGGCCUGAAAAGGAGCCAAGAAGUAGUUUUCUCUUAAUUUUAUGAUUGUGAUAAGUUGUACCGUUGGAUUUUUGUACAGUUCCUGUACUUUUGUUUCUAGAGUGAAUCACUCGUAAUUAAAUAUUAUUUUGCUCA